AUGGCCUCCCUGUCGAAGGCUGAACAGCACAGGAAACGCAUGCGGAAAAUCAUGGACAAGCGAAUGGCGUGGCGCCCGCCCAACGUCUCUUCCCGUUAUCUCCGAGCUGAAGCGGACUUCAACGUGUUGAGCAUCCAACGUCCACGUGCAAAACGCGAACGGGACACGCACGAAGGAAGGCAGCAGAUUGUCGACUUUGCUGAUCCAGGUGCUGUCGCCGCGACUCAGCGCGAAGGCGCAGAGAAGCGCGACAGGCGCCUUCUGAAGCCUCACGAGGUGGCGAAGCUCGUUGGAGCAAGCAACAAAGUUGUCGGGACUCGCGACGACAAGACGACAGCGGCAUCUCUGCGUCGGGGUCACCUACCGUCAUCCGCCCACGUUACCGAACUUACAGCGCAAGACGUGGACUUUCAACAGCGGCCUGAAGCAAAGGACUUCGGAUUUAACGCCGCCGAUCGUGUAUUCGGAGCAAGGGGCUUGUACAAGGAGAACGACGUCGACUACUACAAGAAAUUCUUCAAGGACAGAUAUCGGCGGCUCGAUGGGAAGGAGCGCCAAGCCUCGCAACUCCUCAAGGUUCAGUCGGCCGCCGACGGGGUGGCGAAGAAGCCUUCAAAGCAGCCGUACAUCCCCCCGAAGAAAUACUGGUACAAGGAGAACUAUUGCUCCCCGCUCCCGUCCGAGGUGCGUAACCUCCCGAGUCUGACUCUCAAGUUUGCGCUGAUGAACGAGGCUCGUCUCGUCAAAACAGGUCGUACCCCCUUGAACCUUCCGCUCUGGCGGGCCUUCGAGGCUCGGCUGUUGCAGCUGGCGGGGCCGCGCACGCACGUACGCGCCGCGACGCUCCUUCGGGCUCUGCAUGCAAUGAGCAAAAUUCACCACCCUGUCCUUCCGGCAACCAUCGAGGGAACAAUCAGGGGGUUAAUGUUCCGAGAGGCGAGCCUCAAGCCUCAGCACUACGUUUUUCUUUACCAGGCGCUCUCUCGAUUCCGCUAUCGCCACGGCUACCUGGUGAAAGGCCUCAAGGAGAUGAUGCUCUCUUGGUCGACUCUUCGCAACAACUUCCUCGUGAAGGCUGCAAACGCCAUAUGCAAGCUCGACCUCGCUGAUCACAUUCUCGUCCAACCCCUCAAAGUGACACUCGCCGCGCGCAUUCCCAAUUUCUCACCAAGCGACUGUCGUCGGCUGAAGUGGAUUACUGUCCUGAACCUGUUCUCGGACUCCAUGAUUCUCUCGUUCCUCCGCGUAUGCCACAAACACGAAGACGUUUUCCAAACCUACUCGCGCAACCUGCAACUCGUCGAGCUCUAUCUCCGUCUUGAGAAACCUGAGGUGUACGCCCAGCUUCCCCCCACGACGCAGUUCUUCCUCGAGUGUCUCCGGAAAACCCACACUGAAGAUGCUGAGAGGGACGAGAGUGACGUCGAUUCAGAUGAAGAGGAGGAUGCAACUGAACCGCCGCUCCCGUCCGUGUUGGGAGACAUCCAACAGCCUGAGCUGGCGUCGUCUUCCCUGAGUGUCGCCGACUUCCUCCCUCAUCUGUCGACCGCUCAUCCUGCUCCCUCUGCAUCUCCUUCUACUCUCUUUUCCCGUCCUCCAUCUCCUCAUUCGUCGUCUUCUUCUCCCUCUUCGUCUUCUUCUCCCUCUUCGUCUUCUUCUCCCUCUUCUUCUUCUGUUUUGCCUGUUGCGUCGUCUUCGGAAACUGUCAGUGAGGCAAUGAACCCUCCUCGAGGCCACAACGCAACUGCAGUCGAAGAACAGGGACACUCCACGAACCCUCCCCACGGUCCACCCACUGCAUCCGAAAGCUCGGAAACAAACGAAUCGGCGCCCUCCGCUUUGCCGGCGCCUUCGCCCAAGUGUACAUACAGCUCCGCGUUGCAUGCAGACGUUAGCAACAUGCUGUACAAGAUCGGCAUUGACCACACUAACUCCGUCAUGGCAGGCCCGCUGACAGUCGACAUGUUCCAUGAGGCUUCUCAGACGGUCAUUGAGACGUGCCCAGCCUUUCAGUUCUACUCCAACAGCGUUCAAUUCACAGCUCUAAGCAAAAGGAGACACCAACUCCUCCUGUCGAUGGGCUUUAAACUUGUCCUCGUUCCGCAUCAACGCUGGUCGUCGCUGGCAACGGAGGAAGAGAAGAAAAAGCUGCUCAUGUCUCUUCUUCCUCACAGCGUCCUCCACUCCGCCUUCUCGCCGGCGUCUCUGUAG